AUGGCGGCCGGAGAUAGCUUUCCAGCCCUCUUGGCCUUUACCCUCGUCGAGGCCUAUUUCCUGCAGCGCACUGUCUUUGCGGAUGACACUUUUCGGACCGUCGUGCUAGGUGCAUUAGCCGUGAAUGUCUUCCUCAAGGGUGUCUAUAGUCUGGUCAUUUGGCCGUUCUUCUUGAAUCCACUGCGUCAUCUGCCCAAGGUCUCGGGCCUCAUGAGCCAUGCCAAAAUCAUCUUCGACUCCCCCCGCGGGCGCAUGCCCCUUUACUGGAUGAAAACCAUCCCCAACGAUGGCCUCAUCCACCUCCGCGACAUGAUCGGCCAAAGUUACCUAAUCGCUACAAACCACCAAGCCCUCCUCGACAUCAUGAGUACUAACACUUAUGAUUUCGAGAAACCCUGGCGAGCGCGUAACUUCCUCGCUCGUAUUUUGGGCUUUGGUCUGAUUUUGUCCGAGGGCGCGGCUCAUAAGAAGCAGCGGAAAGCGUUGACUCCUGCGUUUAAUAUCAAGAAUAUCCGGGCUAUGUAUUCAUUGAUGUGGGAUAAGACGAAUCAGUUGCUUGUUGAGAUGGAGAAGGAGUUGAAGAUGAAUCCUAUGGAUGGGACAGAUCCGGAGGAGGGCGUUGGAAAGUUGGAAAUGGGUGUUUGGGGGAGUCGCCUCACUCUCGAUAUCAUUGGUCCCGCCGCGAUGGGCCGUGAUUUCCGCUCCCUGCAGAAUAGUGAUAACCCCGUCGCUGAGAGCUUCCUGCGUAUCUUGGAACCGACUACCGAGAAGAUGGCCUUUUUGGCUAUGAACUUUACCCUGCCACAGUGGCUUGCGCAGCGUGUGCCCUGGCGCCUGAACCAAGUCAUCGCUAAUGAGACGGGUUUCCUACGGAACCUCUGCAAUGAUAUCGUUCGGGAGAAACGGGAGAUGCUGGCUGCGUCCAAGGCCUCAGCGAAGGAUCUCGAGGCUGAUAUUCUCGGCACUAUGAUGCUAGGCGGCGAUUUCAGUGAUACUGAGCUGGUGGAUCAGAUGUUGACCUUCUUGGCCGCUGGAAUGCAUCUUGCUAACCACUUCCCCUUCCAGCAUGAAACCACCGCUGCAGCUCUAACCUGGGCCUGCUACCUUCUCACCCUCCACCCCGAAAUUCAAACCCGCCUACGCACCGAAAUCCGCUCCAAAAUCCCCUCCGCCACACACCCCAUAACCCACUCCGACCUCGAAUCCCUCCCCCUCCUAAACGGCGUCUGCCAAGAAGUCCUCCGCCUCUAUCCAACUGUCCCCGCCACGAUCCGUGAAUCCAUCCGUGAUACCACCGUCGCCGGUAAACACGUUCCAAAGGGAACACGUCUCAUCCUCUGCCCCUACGCCAUCAACCGCGCUCCGAUCUUCUGGGGCGAGGAUGGGGACAAGUUUGUCCCUGAACGCUGGAUUGAUACUGAUAAGGCGGGGAACCAAGUGCCGAAUAAUAACGGGGGUGCUUCGACAAAUUUUGCCCAGAUAACGUUUUUGCAUGGGCAGAGAUCGUGUAUUGGUAAGGAUUUUGCGAGGGCUGAGUUGAGAUGUGCGGUUGCGGGCGUGGUGGGGAGGUUUCAGUUUGAGAUGCAGGAUCCGAAGCAGGAGAUUCAUAUUGCGGGCGCGGUUACGACGAAGCCUGUUGAGGGGAUGAAUUUGAAGAUGUGGAGGGUUGAAGGGUGGUGA